UUAAUGACCUAGUUAACAACUUAGUUAACAAUCUAGUUAAUGACCCAGUUAAUGACUCUUUUAACAACCCAGUUAAUGACCCUUUUAACAACUCAGCUAACAACCCAUUUAACAAUCCAAUUAACAAUCCAGUUAACAUACCAGUUAACGUAUUUGCUAAUGUACCAGUUAAUGUACCUGUUAACAUACCAGUUAACGUACCAGUUAACAUACCUGUUAACAGUAGCCCGAUUUGUCAUGCAGAUCAU